AACGCGCCCCACUCGCGGACUCGCUGAUCGGGUCCCCGCCUCCCGCGCUCGCUCCCCGCGGGCCGCCACCGCCGGCCCGUCGCCUCAUCGCGCGCCGGCAUUCAUUCCUCCAGCGCUCUCGACCAGAGCGCGCGCGCACACCGCUAAUCAGUGCUCGCGAUACACGUACCUAUUUUUUAUGUAAUUUAAUCGCUCAGACCAAUAUACGGUUUUAAAGUACAUUUUGGUGUCGUCUUCAUCAUUUACGAACCUUCGUCAACAAGUUUCGAGCCGGAUUCGACGUAAAGCAACUUUAAAGACGCCGUUUCGACGAGGUCCAUCAAACACAAAGAAGAUAGCGCGCCUGGCCGAGACUACAAUCGCCAUUUUUAUAACAUCGGAGUGAAUCACCGCGAGCCAACCUAAGCUACAACUACUACAAUAAAGCGAAAUUUGUGAAGUCAUCGUCCUGCCCGAGAAUAAAGAAACGAGACAUUCAAAACCAGAAAAGGGUUCCACAAACCAAGAACGGCUCCACAUACCAGGAAAAGGGUUUGCAGUGUUUAUUUGUGAGUCGUUCCUAUUUUAUUUCUUAUUGCGCAGGUAUAAUUUGACCACCUUUAUUUGGUACUUAUUUCUUUAAUUUUCAAUUUAAUUCUCUUCUAGCUACUAAAAUCACAUUCCUGUUUCACGUCACCCAACUCUUAAUCAGUCUACAUCUUAGUUAAAUCGUAAUAUUUUUUUUAAUAUUCCUUUUUAAUUUACAAGCUUUCUUAUCAAGGUUAACAUUCCCGUUCAUAUUUUGGAUAUUUUUAUUACAGUUUUCGUAAAAUUAGCUUAAAAUUAGUAACCACAUUUCAAGGCCUAAUUAAUUGUAUUGCAACCAUUUGUGCCAACCGUGUGCCAUCAUUGCUAUAUUUUAAUAUUUACUUGGAAUAUUUCAGAAAUCUGCACGUGUUCGUAUUUGUACCUACACGUAACCAAGCCGUGCCGGGGCCGGAGCUACAGCGUGCACGUGCACGUGUACACCUGCUUCCGUCAUUGUUCGCGCUUGCUUGCCUGCCUCCGCCACGCCACGCCACGCCGUUGCCUCUCGCACGCGUGCUAUUUGCAAAUUUUCAAAAUUUACGUAUCGCUUCACACACUAUAUUAUUUCACAUUUUUUUUAAUUUAAGCACUUUCUAAUCACAUUUUCCUAUUGCAGCUGGAAAUUUGAAUUCUAUCGCCAUUUCUAUAACUUUUAACUAAAUUUUCACUUUCUAUCACAAAUCUUUUGUUUUCUUUAAAAAUUUGAUUUUUUCAAUACUUCACGCAUUGCCAAAAUGGAUUUAAAAAAUCUCAAAAAAACACGUGCCUCUUUCAAAUCAAAGCUUACCAUAUUUAAAUCAUAUUUAGAGCCUCUUUUGUCAUGCCAUACGCUAAAUAAUUUGCAAAAUCAUGAGCUGAAUACCAGAUUCAUUAAAAUCCAAGAUAUGUACAAUGAUUUUGAUUCAGUUCAAACUGAUAUAGAAAAUUUGACGGAAAUUCCAGGUGACGAGCACACAGAACGGGAAAAUUUCGAGACAAGCUACUUCGGUGCCUUGGCUGCUGCGCAGGAACUGCUCAGCAGGCACACCGCGGCUGGUGCUGCUUCUGCGGCGCCUGAGGACAAUCUGGUAACGGGUUCCAAUGUCGUUACUGCACUCACAGAACUGCAGGUCCGAAACAAAUGGCGCAGGGAUGGAGGCCAGCUGAAGCUUGGCGAGAUGGUUCUCGUCAAAGACGACCGCUUGCCCCCCAGCAGAUGGCUGCUUGGGCGAGUCACCGCAGUCUACCCGGGCAACGACGGAGUCAGCCGCGUCGCUGACGUCACCACCACCACAGGGACGCUGAGAAGGGCCUACAACAGGCUCUGCCCGCUCCCACUGACAUUGGACCAGGAUGGUCCAAGGGGGCCAGCUUGUUAACGCGCCCCACUCGCGGACUCGCUGAUCGGGUCCCCGCCUCCCGCGCUCGCUCCCCGCGGGCCGCCACCGCCGGCCCGUCGCCUCAUCGCGCGCCGGCAUUCAUUCCUCCAGCGCUCUCGACCAGAGCGCGCGCGCACACCGCUAAUCAGUGCUCGCGAUACACGUACCUAUUUUUUAUGUAAUUUAAUCGCUCAGACCAAUAUACGGUUUUAAAGUACAA